AUGUUCACUUUAUUCAAACUUGGGCUUUAUGGUUUUUGUAUUCACCUAACACCAAACCUACUCAGCAUAAUAUUAUUCAUCGGUAUUCUUCAUGUCCUUGUUCUUUGUAUUGGCUUCUUCGAGUUCUACAUUAUCUGGUUCGAAGAGUUCCCUUACUCAAUUUUGGAAUAUACCAGAUUGGUGCACACGAUGUCGCAAGCAAAGUUUCUCAUGGUUUUCCUCGAUGGGAUUUUUUUACAACACGUGAUUUGUCCUUUUAUCAGUAGUCGAGGAAAAUGUAUACUGGUUGGAGCAUCGUGGGCGUUGUUUGAGUUGUUCUGCUUGAGCGCUGCUCUCAACAGUUGGUUAGACAAGAAGCAUGAGAUUGACUUCAGAAUUUUGACAAAAGCAUGGCGUACAAACCAAGGAAUAUGGAAUGUCGACGCAUUAACUAAAGCGAUGAUUGCGAAGAAGAAAGCGGACAGAAAGAAAAGACUUUAUGUUCCAACUAAGCAGGAGCUAAGAAAUUAUUAG